UGAUCAAGGAAGCGAAUCACAUCCUGUUUUGUCCCUAUAAUAUUCGCCAACUUGCACAGCCCCACGAGUCUCUCCUCCUGCUUAUAAGGAGCAUGGCAACCUCUUGCCCAUACCAUCAUCGCCUUGACUUCAGUCUUCUAACUUGACUCCAAACGCCAUACACGUUAUCCACUCUCACCAUACUUUUUCCUCUUCAUCUUCUGACUUGGCUCCUCUGAGAGCGGCUCAGUGACCUUACCAGUUCAAAAUUUUGGUUCAUAUCUUCACCUAAGAGUAGAUUGAAUAAUGGCAUCUCUCUCUUCCUCAAGGAACUCCUCCUGGACACCAAAGCAGAACAAAUUAUUUGAGAAGGCUCUGGCUGUGUAUGACAAGGACACACAAGACCGCUGGCAUAAUGUGGCCAAGGCUGUGGGUGGAAAAUCUGUAGAGGAAGUAAAGAGGCACUAUGAGAUUCUGGUGCAGGACCUCAUGCAUAUAGAAUCUGGCCAAGUCCCAAUACCCAAUUAUAAGGGCACUGGAAGCAGCGGCAGCAGAGGAAUUGGUGAUGAGCAGAGGCUUAUGAAAAACCUAAAGAUCUGAUGCGACGGCCCAGAAGACUUGUAAAAAGACAAAACGGAUUGCCCUGUCAUUCCGCCUUCCUACCUAUACCAAGUUUGGAUGUGUUUCUCUGCUCCUACUUCAAAUGUCGUCUACUUAUUGUAAUGAUUUUCUGCAAGAAAAUAUAUAUAUAUAUAUAUAUUAUGUGUUUUGUUU